AUGUCGCAGCAGCAAUGCGAAUUCCAAAAGGGCUUCUUUCAUGAGAACCUUGAGACCUGCAGCCAAGUCGACUGUCUCUCAGACGUUUGUGGUCUUGUGCCAUUUGUGAAUGCUGGCAAGCAUUCUGUGGCCAUUGACAUUGAAAAGUUGGCUGGCUGGCUUCGCAUGUUCUUCAUCUAUUCGCUGUCAGGUCUCGGUGGCUGGCUGACGGGUGCUCUCUUCACGCCAUAUCAAGUUUGUGUUUGCUAUCUUGGGAACAGGGAAGGGAUGUGUGGGGGCAUGUUUGUGGAGUUGUUUCAGUCAUGGCCUUUGUUAGCACGGCCGUGGCGUGAGGUCUUCAAGCUGACCUUUAUUGCCCUUGUGGCUUUUGCGUUUGGAUUCUUGCCAUACCUGGACAACUGGAGCCAUUUGGGUGGCUUUACUUUUGGCGUCUUGAGUUCGAUUGUUUUUUUGCCGUACAUUACGUUUGGCAAGUGGGAUGCGGCGCGUAAGCGAACACUGAUCUUCAUCUGCCUGCCGGGCAUCGUUGUACUGAUGACCGUGCUGCUCAGUCUCUUUUUCACCGAUACGGUGGACUGCAGCUGGUGCCACUACUUGAACUGCAUCAACUUUACCGAUAACUUUUGCGAAGACAAUCUUCAAGACAUUUUCUAA